AUGGCAGACACCGAAGAACCCCAGUUUAACACGCUGGCAGAGCGGAUAGCUGCGUUGAACAAGCAAAAGAACUUCAGCAGCGUUGGCACCCCUGAAGCUGCUCGCAAGAAGCCGCCGCCGCCUCCUCCUGGGCGCCCUUCUGCCGAAGCCCAGGGACGAAGCCUCACGGCUCCCGUCGUGACCAUCACCAGCUCGGCACAUGAGGCUGCACCGCGAAUGCCUCCGAGACCCAAGCCAAAUGUUGAUGCACCGCCCCCUCUCCCUCGUCGGAACACCCAGAACGCUGCAGAUGCUUCUGGGCCUCCUCCUUUGCCGUCGAGGACUGCAUCUUUCCAGGCGUCGCCUGCGCUGCCGCCGCGGCGAACGUCGACAAUUACGGUUCCCAAGCCCUCGGGCCGACGUAACUCUGCGUCAUCCGAAGCCUCGAUGCAGUCCACCAUGUCGUCUCUGUCAUUGACCAAGACAAUUUCCUCUACCACGAGCAAUGGAUCCAACGGCACCAUCGUGCAUAAGCUGCCACCCGUGACGGACAUGGCUGAUCUGCCUCCUUUGCCACCCACCAGGCGAGAAUUGGAAGCAAAGGCCAAAGAAGAGGCUGCGGCGAGGCAGGCCGCCGCCAAAGAGGCUAGACCUGGUCUCCCUCCUAGACAACCAUCGAGACCAGCCAGGCCCCAGGCCUCUGCAAGUACUGAAUCCAUACCGAGACCGACACCAAGGCCGACGCAAAAGUCCGCCCCUCCCCCACGAAUGCCACCGAGGCCCAAGAUUGCUGCCGCUGCUGAUGACGCUCCGCCUCCUGUCCCAAUGGCCUCUCGACCAUCCGUCUCCCAGAUCCAGGCCAUGUCAUCUCGGGCAUCACCAGCUCCUCCCGCUGUGACCAACGAUUGUUGGGUAUGCAGAGAUUGGAGCGGACCUGAUGAUGUCGCCGCCCAGUACCCCAGAGAGGGACUACCCCGGAAUGACCCUGUGGGAUAUCUUGCCCGCGCACUAUGUGAUCCAUUCCCCUCGUAUAACGACAAGGCCAGGGCCAUCUUCACAUGGUUCCACCACAACAUUGCGUAUGAUACAAAAGCCUUUUUCAGCGGCAACAUCAGGGGCCAGACACCUGAAAAUACCAUACUAUACGGUGCAGCCGUUUGCCAGGGCUAUGCGGAGACAUACAAGGCAAUCGCCAACAAGGCAGGCUUGGAGUGCAUUGUUGUUGGCGGCCAUGGCAAAGGCUACGGAUACACUGCCUUGAAAAAGGGAGAAAGACCGCCGCCAGCUGAUCCGAGUGGCCACGCAUGGAAUGCCGUCAGAGUUGAUGGCGGCGUUUGGAGGCUGCUCGAUGCCUGCUGGGGAGCCGGCCACAUUUGUGGAAAUAACAACUUGUUCAAGAAAGAAUUCAGCCCCGUUCAGUUUACCAACAGCGGCCACCGGUUCGGCAACUCCCAUUUCCCCUCUGAUGGCAGGCACCAAUUCCGAGAGGAUGGCCGCACCAUUACUUGGGACGAAUACAUCAUUGGCCGUUCUCAGGGCCCGCCUGUGGAAGUAUUUGGCAACUGUGGCCAAGAGGGCAUUGCCGAAGAUUCAAUCGAACCUGCGUCCAAGGAAAUAUCUGUAUACAGUGGCGAGACCGUUCGGUUCCAGUUCUCAAAAAUCUGCGAGCACUGGAAAUCAGAAAAGAAUGGCCGUGGAAAGCCUCCUUUGUUCCUACUUCAGUUCCAUGGCGUCGACGGCCGCAAAGACGACAUCAUCCCGAUUGAGACGGAUGGCUACUGGCACUGGGCCGAUGUCAAUGCUCGCGAUCUCGGCGCUCCGGGCCAAUCGGUCAUGGUGUUGCAACUGACGUCUAUGGAUGGUCAAGACGCACGGGGCGUGACCGCUCAGCAGUUUCUCUCCAAGAAAGGCAAGGUUGGAAUGGCUUGGGCGUAUGUCGCCAAGUGGGAAUUGGUUUAG